AUGUCUCUCCGUCCUAGUGCUCGUACUGAGGCCAGGAAGUCAGCGUACAAGCAGGCCGUUAGCGCUGAUGAGGCGCGUAGGCGCCGUGAGGACAACAUGGUGGAGAUUCGGAAGAGUAAGAGGGAGGAGAGCUUGCUGAAGAAGCGCAAGGAGGGGAUGCAAGCAGUAGUAGAUCUUCCCAAGAUUCCUGUUGCUACGGUCGAGAAAAAGCUAGAAAGCCUUCCUGCCAUGGUUCAAGGCGUAUGGUCAGAGGAUCCGCAAACGCAGGUCGAAGCAACCACACAGUUUCGGAAGCUGUUAUCGAUUGAACGUAGUCCCCCAAUCGAGGAAGUCAUCAAAGCCGGGGUCGUCCCUCGGUUCACGCAGUUUUUGCAGAAUUACGAACUUCCCCAGCUUCAGUUUGAGGCUGCGUGGGCCUUGACCAACAUUGCAUCUGGUACUUCAGACCACACCCGUGUGGUGAUUGAACACGGCGCAGUUCCUAUUUUCGUUCAGCUUCUCAGUUCGCCCAGUGAUGAUGUUCGGGAGCAGGCUGUCUGGGCUUUGGGGAACAUCGCGGGAGACUCGCCGAAGUGCAGAGAUUUGGUUCUUAGCCACAACGCUAUGGGACCGCUCCUUGCACAAUUGAACGAGAACUCGAAGCUUUCCAUGCUUCGCAACGCGACGUGGACCCUUUCGAACUUUUGCCGCGGAAAGCCUCAGCCUCCUUUUGAACAGUCCAAACCUGCUCUGCCAGCUCUUGAGCGGCUUAUUCACUCCACCGACGAGGAGGUCUUAACGGAUGCCUGUUGGGCUUUGUCAUACCUGUCGGAUGGCACCAAUGACAAGAUUCAGGCAGUCAUAGAGGCUAAUGUGUGCCGAAGGCUGGUUGAGCUUCUCUUGCAUCCUUCGCCUUCCGUUCUUAUCCCUGCACUUCGCACCGUGGGCAACAUCGUCACCGGGGACGAUGAUCAGACACAGGUCAUUAUCAACAACAAUGCCUUGCCAUGCCUGCUAGCCCUCUUGACCACCAAUCAUAAGAAGAGCAUUAAGAAAGAGGCCUGCUGGACAAUUUCCAACAUUACUGCUGGGAACAAGGAACAGAUUCAGGCUGUUAUUGACGCCAACAUAAUUCCUCCUCUCCGGCAUCUGCUUGAGACUGCUGAGUUCGACAUCAAGAAGGAGGCUGCUUGGGCGAUCUCUAAUGCUACUUCAGGCGGUACACAUGAUCAAAUCAAGUAUCUUGUCUCCCAAGGCUGCAUUAAGCCCCUGUGCGACCUUCUGUUGACGUCGGAUGCAAGGAUUGUUACGGUGGCGCUUGAGGGGUUGGAGAACAUUCUUAAGGUUGGGGAAGCUGAGAAGGAGCUGGGUCACACAGGAGGUAUCAACCUGUACGCUCAGUACAUUGAUGAAGCAGAAGGCUUGGAGAAGAUUGAGAACCUCCAGACGCACCAGAACAACGACAUUUACGAAAAGGCUGUCAAGAUCUUGGAGACGUACUUCGGCCUGGAUGAGGAUGAGGAUCAGCAGCUGGCUCCACAAGUAGAUGCCAAUCAGCAGACAUAUGCCUUCGGAGAAACUGCCGCUGCUCCGUUCCGUGGAGGCUUCACUCUGUGUUUCUGGAUGCGCAUAGCGCCCGAGUCUCCUAGUGGGGUGCUCAUCCGACAGGGUCGGCCCAACGCGCCAGCGACACUCCCGUUCCUUACGCUGGGUCCUGACCGGCGCCUCUCUUUGCAUCCCGUGCCGCCUCCUGGCCCGCUAGACGUGACGACAGCAGCAGCGUCACAGGGGGAUGUGCGCCCGCAUGCAGCUCGCCUGUACAUCAACCGCGUACAGGCAGCACAGCACGCCGCUUCCUCCGCCCCUCUCCACGCCUCUGCACCUGCAGAGUCGCUCCCCCUGCUUCUGACAGGCGCCGAUGGCAGUGGGGGUGCCUCUUCUGCAGGGGCAGGGGGAGGGGCAGGGGCAGGGGCAAGGGGAGGGGCAGGGGGAGGGGUGCGCGCGCACGUGCACCAUGUGAGGCUGCUGCCCACUGCAGAUGUCGCCACUCAUUAUGCUGAGAACCCGCCAGUGCAGCAAGCUGCAGCGCGCCCUCUGUCGUCCCCCACGGCAUCUAAAUCCGGCAGUGCUGCAGGUGGCAAGCCCGGUGGUGCUGCUGGUGGUGCUGGUGGGGCUAGUGGUGCUGGUGCUGGUGGUGGCGCUAGUAGUGCUGGCGGGGUUGCUGCUGCUGGUGGUGAUAGUGGUGGCGGAGGUGCGAGAGGAAGGGAUGAGAAAGAGCAGCUGGAAAAGAGGAGCAGACCAGCAGGUGCGGGGACGGAGCAAACGGAGGGAGCGCGGACUGUGAACGGGGAGGAUAGAGAAGGGGAAGGAGCAGCAAAGGAGGCAGAACGAGGGGCAGGAGUGCAAGGUGCUGCAGGUGGGGGGACUACUAGCAAUGCUGGCAACGCUGGCAACGCUGGCAGCAGUGGUGGUGGCGACAAGAGUGGCAGUGGAGGCAGCACUGCAGGUGAUCCAGUCUCUGUCGAGCCUGCUGCUAAGAAGCUCAAAGGCGCACAGGAUGCAACCACGCCUCCUCCCUCUCGCACUCCAACAUCUACUUCUGCUACUGCAGCAGCUUCUGCUCCUGUCACAGGCGGUGCUGCUUCAGGUGACGCGUCAGGUGCUUCACUGAGUGCUGCUGCGGGUGGCACGGCGUCGGGUGCUGGUUCAGGUGUGGUUUCAGGUGGUAAGCCACGUGCGCCCAUGUCCAUGACUGCUGUUCUGGCUGCAGCCAAGUCUCAGGCCGGGGGUUCAGCUGGAACAGCAAGCAGGACUGCAGGGCAGCCUACCGCAGCGGCAGCUCUGGCGGGGAAAGAAGAAGCGCCAAAGGAGAAGGCAGGGGAAGGUGUUAGAAUGAGAGAGAAGCUGGGGGAGAGAAGAGAGGUGGGAGGCGCAGGGGGCAAGGGCGUCCGAGAAAGGGAGAAGGAGAAGCGAUCCGCGGAGAAGGCAGGGGGAGGAAGAACAGGCGGCGCUGGUCACAAUAGUAACAGCAGUGGCAGCGGCGGCAACAUCAGUGUCCGGCUUGCUUUGUCGUCUGCUGCUCUGCACUCUCCGCAGCUGCUCCCGCUUCUCCCGCUGCUCCCCGCCGCUGCUGCUGCCGCUGCCGCUGCCGCUGCUGCUGCUGCCGCCGCUGCUGCUGCUGGAAGUACCAGUGGUAGGGGUGCUGGCAGUGCAGCUUUAGCAGCAGCAGUAGGAAUAGGAGGAGGAGGAGGAGGAGCAGGAGGAGGAGGAGGAGGAGGAACAGGAAAAGCAGGAGCACGGGGAGUGGAGCCUGGCUCUACUGGAUCUGCUGGAACAUCCCUCUCCUCCCCCACGUCAGCCCGUCUCUCCACCCCAGCACCUCAUCCCGAGGGGCCGUGGGCGCGCGCUGAGUUUCUCAAAGCUGUGGUGGGACGCGUGGGGCGCGAGGAGAUGGCUCGCAUGGGGAGUAGAGUGGCGGAGAUCACAGGGUGCAGACACCAGGGCGACCAAGUGGGCAUGGCAUGGGCGCUGCUGGGGGAGGAGGCGCGCAUAUGGCAGGCCAUUGCAGGCGGAUCGCCCACGGCCACGGGGGCAUGGGGCAGGGCGUGCCAGCACCUGGAGGCAGCGCUGCUGCAUUCCCUGGGCAGCCUCGCCAGGAGAUUCACUCUCAAGGACAAGGAGUACCUGCAGCGAGUGGCAGGGUGCGGGGACACAGUGACGCGGGAGCAGUGGGAGCGCGUGUGGCGCUGGUUCUACCCUCUCGUGCUUGCUCUCUCGCGCCCGCACCUGCGCCCGGCGUGGCUGUCGCUGUCGCCCCUGUGGAUCAUGGGCUGUGUCACCAGGGACGAGGCAGAGACCCUGCUGCUGGAGAAAUCGGCGGAGGGUCCUUCGCCCCCCUCCUCCUCCGCCUGGUACCUCGUGCGCUUCCCUUCACCUGCCACUGCAUGGCCGCACCCCGAUGCUGGCUCGCUUGUUGUCAGCUUCACUACCGCCCAGGGGGCAGCAGCAGCAGCAGGGGGGCAGGGAAAGCAGUGGAGGCAGGGGUGCGUGUGCAGCACAGGCUGCUGUGCCUGCAUGCUGAUGCUGAUGCGGCCGGCCUAUCACCUGACGCCACGUGUCCUCCAGACAGGCCCCUUCCAGACCUCCUCCAAUCAGAGCCCCAGCUAG